GGCAAAUGCCCCCUAAAAAGAAGCCAAAAACCAGUGCUAAAGAUGCGAAAGAAGUUGAGAGAGAUGAGGCUUCGCAAGAAACAGAAAGGUUCUGGCUUAUGAAGUCUGAACCCGACACUCGUAUGGAAAAUGGGGUUGAUGUCAAGUUUGGCAUUGAUGACUUGAUAAAUGAACCAGACCAAACUGCAUGUUGGGAUGGAGUUCGCAACUAUCAGGCAAGAAAUUUUAUGAGAGAUCAGAUGAAAGAAGGAGAUCUUGCAUUCUUUUAUCAUAGCAAUUGUAAACCACCUGGAAUUGCUGGAAUAGUGAAAAUAGUCAAAGAAGGUUAUGUGGAUCACACCCAAUUUGAUAAGAAGUCUGCUUAUUAUGACCCUAAGUCUACAAAAGAAAACCCAAAAUGGUUUAUGGUAGAUGUGAAGUUUCUGAGAAAAAUGAAGCGAUUUAUACCUCUCCAUGAACUUAAAGGAUUGCACCUUGAACAUAAAGAGCAAAGUGGCCCACUGAAAAGCGUAGCAUUAUUUACAAAGGCAAGACUCUCAGUGCAACCAUUGACAAAGGAGGAGUUCGAAUUUAUGAAGGAUUUAGAGAACAAGGUAAACGAGUAAGUCCAGUUGAAGUUAAUGCUUGGAAUGCAGUUAUGGUAAAUAUUGAAAUUUGCCUAAAGUAUAUUUGUUGUGAGAGAAGAAAAACAAAAUUACACUUUUUCAGUAGAAUUUUUCUAUAACAAGAAUCAUCUUUAAACAUGAAAGUUACAAAAGUUCUCUAUUCAUGCUCUGAAUUUCUACAAUAAUUUCAAAUAAUAUAUUAUUUAACUAAAGCCUUUGAUAUCUAACCAACCACCAAAAUUAUACACAUGUUUUCAACAUUUUCUCUGAAGCUUACAGCAACAAAGCAAUUUUUAGCAAUACAUAUUGCAUGGCCAGAGGUCAGGUUUUUUAAAAUAUAACAGAAAUUGUUUAAAUCAGAUUUGCAAAUUUAACAACUAAUGCUGAAUGUGUAGUAUCUAAGGAAUUGAAUUUAAUUACCAGAGAAUCAGUUAGAAUCAUUGCACAUUUAUGAUGCUUGUGUCAAUAUUAUCCUUUGGGUAUACCAAGCAGGGUAGGCUGUUCUGCAACUUUAGAAGGUCAACCCCAUCAAAAACAUUCCAUUUCAACAACACAAUUGUU